AUGCAGAUGCAGUAUUACGUUUCUGCAGACCGCGCGGGUCAACUGUCUCUCGGGGGUCCCGCUGCUCGUCCCGCGAUGCAGGAUCAUCCCGUCAAGGGAUGUUUCCAGGGACUUGGAACAGUCUUCCGCGGCUGCGAGGUCGAUGCAGCGGACGGCGGGGCGGAAAGCCGGUCCGGGCUGUGUGUUGUUGGGUCUUUGGGACAAAACGGCUGCGCUGCUGGUGAGACACUGACGCUGGGGUUCUGCAGAUUACUGUAG